UUUGCCUGAGUCACUGUGUAACCUUUACAAUCUUCAGGUGUUAAACAUAUCCUCCUGCCCGAUUGAGAAUUUCCCUACAUGCAUUACCAGCUUAAUAACUUGAGGCAGCUUAAAGCAGAUGAGGAGACAAUUUGUAAGUUGGCCAGUAUCAGGAAGCUAACAUCUCUCCAAGGGUUGCCGGUUUUUAAAGUUCUAAAGCAAAGAGGACACAAGAUUGAAGAAUUAAAAGACAUGAUGCAGCUUCGUGGAAAACUUUGCAUUAAAAAUCUUGAGAACAUUGAGAGCAAGGAAGAGGCCAGUGAGGCUAAGCUGAACAACAAACACUGCCUUGAUGAAUUGGAGUUGGAAUGGAAGAGCUCAGGGAACGAUGAUGACGUACUCGAAGGCCUCAAACCACAUUCCAAUCUCCGAAGGCUGGAAAUCAGAAACUAUGGUGGUGUCAGAUUUCCAAGUUGGCUGGAGACACAAUCGCUUAGAAGUUUGAAAGAAAUUUGGCUAGAAAAUAUCCAAAGCUGGGAGCAACUUCCCUCUCUUGGACGAUUUCCAUUCCUCAAGAUUCUACACAUCAAAAAUAUGCAUGCGGUGAAACGAGUUGGUCAUGAAUUCUAUGGCUCUACAGAGGUCAAAGUAUUCCCAUUGCUGGAAGAGCUGAAGAUUUCAAACAUGCUGGAAUGGGAAGAAUGGUUCAGAAUAGAAGGUAUCCAACUGUUUCCUCACCUGCUUAAGCUCCAUAUCAAGGAUUGCCCCAAGCUAAAGGGUUUAGCCAACCUCCCUCCCUCGCUUACAGAAUUGCACCUAAAGAAUGUGGGAAUAAAUAUGCUCCCAGAAUCAUGGGAUGGAGACCAUGGUUCUACUAAUGAUAGCAGGAUGAAACAGCACAGCAGAAGCAGAAGCAGCAGCAGGACCUCUUCAAUUUCUGUAAUGCAUAUCAUCAGGUGUCCAAACGUGGGAAAUCUGGAACAGUGGCUGUCGUUGCACCACCUUCCGGCUAUCAAGAGAUUGAGAAUCGUUGGCUGUGAAAAGGUUGUGCGGUUGCCAAUGGAAAGGUUUAAAGACUUCCUCUCCCUCGAGUUCUUGGACAUCACAAACUGUCCCUUGCUCCCAUCCCCAGUGCCACUGAUCCUUCCCUCUUCUUUCCGAUAUCUUAAACUGGCUUCUUCAUGCGGUCAUCUAGAUGAGUCACUACCCGGCUGCCUGCAUAACCUCACCUCUCUAACCAGCUUGCAUUUGGUCAGCUGCCCACACAUAACAUCUCUUCCAGGAGAAGUGCUCGGUCACAUGAUAGCUCUCAGUACUUUGACUAUUUCGGACUGCAGAGAACUGAGGUCAGUAGGGGACUUACGAUCUCUCAAAUCUCUUAAACAUUUGAACAUAAGUGGAUGUCCUCGGCUCACGGUUUCGGCAAAUGAGGAAGAGCAGGGCGAGGGUUUGGCACAUCUUCGCUUCCUAUGCAUCGACGAAACGGCCCUGGUCAAAGUGUUGUUCUCCACAAUUACCCUGCCCUCUCUUGAACGACUCAGUAUCAAUAGGUCCCCGAAACUCACAUUCUUCACUGGAGAGGAGCAACUGUGGUUGCAUAGCCUCAAAUCUCUCAGACGACUAUACCUUGUAAACUGCAUCAAUCUUCAGUCCCUGCCAACAGAGUCGCAUAGCCUUUCCACCCUCCAAUUUUUGUCGAUAUCAAAUUGCCCUAAGAUCCGCUCGCUGACAGAGAAGGGCCUGCCUUCGUCCCUAACAGAUUUAGUUUUCAGAAAUUGUCAUCCGGUGUUGACAGAGCAAUUGCAAAAACACAAGGAAAUGAUGAUAAAAUCGCACAAUGUGAUUUCAUAGCCUACUUAGACAGGGUCUCCGUCCACCAUGGACACAAAAGUUCCUCCCCUCUUAGUCUUGGCCAUACAGUAUUCAGCUACCUCGCACUAAUUCUCAGCAUCGCACCAAUCUGUCCGAAUAUGUGCGUGGAGUAUAUUUUUGUGCGAACAGAUGACCAUUACUCUUUUAUAUUUAUAUAUGAUGAUUGUUUGUAUUUAUGAUGAACUCCAGUGGAUGUGUAAAUGUAUGUGUAGACUGAUGACUUACAGCAGGAGCGUGUGAGAAUGUAUCAUCCCAGAAAGUAUGCAUUUUUAUU